AUGGCCACCUCAAAGCAGACCGGGGAGAUCAACCCUCACAUCGAAAGCACUGAUGCUGGUCUCGACCACCUCAAGAACGUCGACCUGCACGACAAAGCCCUCGCCAACGAAGCUCUCGAGGCCACCGCCGACGAGCACAGCUAUGGCGUCUGGCAGGGUUUCAAGACGUACAAGGCCGCUGCCUUUUGGUCCAUCGCCAUCUCGACGACCGUCAUCAUGGAGGGCUACGAUGUCACCCUCCUAGGCUCAUUCUACGGUUACCCGCGAUUUAGAGAAAAGUACGGCGUCUGGCUCGACGAGGACAAUGGAUAUCAGAUCUCGGCCAAUUGGCAGCAACGCUUCAACUGUCUCGGUGCUCUGGCCAACAUCAUCGGCGCCAUGCUCAACGGAUGGGCGACUUCUCGAUGGGGACACCGCGUCGUCCUCAUCAGCGGCCUCUUCUGGCUAACUGCCUUUAUCUUUGUUGUCUUCUUCGCGCCGACCAUUGAGGUUCUGCUCGUCGGUCAGUUCCUCUGCAACAUCCCCUGGGGUAUCUUUGCCACGACUGGUCCCGCAUACGCCGCCGAGGUUACGCCUCUGGCCAUCCGAGGAUACCUCACUGCCUAUGUUAACCUGUGCUGGUGCAUCGGACAGUUUAUCUCAGCUGGUGUGCUCAAGGGCCUCGUUUCUAACCCAACCCCAUGGUCAUACAAGAUUCCCUUUGCGAUUCAGUGGAUUUGGCCUAUUCCACUUGCCAUCGCGGCAUAUCUCGCUCCCGAAUCGCCAUGGUAUCUUGUCCGUACGGGCCAACUCGAAAAGGCAAAGGUUUCCCUCGAGCGAUUGUCCAAUCCAGAGCACAACAUCAACUACGACAACGCUGUUGCCCUGAUGGUCCACACUAAUCAGCUGGAGAUUGAAGAGCGAUCCGGUACCUCGUACUGGGACUGUUUCCGAGGCAGUAACCUUCGACGUACCGAGAUCGCCUGCAUGGGAUUCCUGUCUCAAAUCACAAACGGUGGUGCCCUCUGCUACAGCGGAUCUUUCUUCUUCCAGCAAACCGGUAUCAGCCCCGAGACGUCGUACGGUAUUGCCCUCGGCGGAACUGGCAUCGCCUUUAUGGGUACCAUCAUUUCGUGGUUCUACAUCUACAAGUUCGGUCGACGAACUAUCUGGCUCACUGGCUUCUCUUGCCUCGUGGCCAUCCUCUGGACAAUUGGUUUCCUCGCUUUGCCUAAACAGACCAAGCCUUUGGCCUGGGCGCAGUCCAUCCUGUGUGUGGUAUGGCUGGGAGCAUACUCCAUGACGGUCGGACCUAUUAUCUACACUAUUGUCGCUGAGAUUGGUUCGACUCGUCUACGAACUCAGACAAUUGUGCUGGCUCGAUCGACGUACUAUGUUGGAAACAUUGUCUGUGGAGGAUUGAUCCAACCUGAGAUGUUGGCGCCUGGUUCUUGGAACCUCAAGGGUAAAACUGCUUUCUUUUGGGCUGGUUUGGCCACUCUAACCCUGCUCUGGGGUUAUUUCCGUAUGUUUGAGACAAAGGACCGCACUUUUGGUGAGAUGGAUUACAUGUUCCAAAAGGGCAUCUCGGCACGCAAGUCUUCCAAGUACCAGAUCAACGAGGACGAGUUCUUCAUGGCCCAUGAGAGGCCUGAGGCAGAGAAGCAACGGGGUUAG